AUGCAAGACGAUGGGCCACGACCAGGCCAGCAAGUGAUUGAGGUGGUCUUGCCGACUUAUUCCAUGAACCCAACCGAGGUUGAGAAAUUCUAUCCUUCUGAAGCGAAGCAGAUAUGCGAACGUGUCCUCACGGGCCAGCUUGAAAACGCCACAUAUGACGACGAGUCCGCAAAAGAGUGGAUUCUCUUGAUUGGAAACACCAUCAAGAGUGAAAUCAAAUCCCUGAACAUUCCCCGCUACAAAGUUGUUGUCCAGGUGACCAUUGGUCAAAUGAAAGAUCAGGGUGUGAGUGUGGCUUCUCGAUGCCUAUGGGACAUCAGCAAUGAUAAUUACGCCUCUGUCAACUACACCAACGAGACCCUCUGGGCUAACGUGAUGGUCUUUGUUAUUUACACAGACUGA